ACCGCGGUUAGUCUCGCGCGGCGGCCGCGAGUGCGUGAGGCUACCUACUCCGUGUCGCGCGCAGGGAGGCCGCAGGGGCCGCAGCAGCAGCCGCAUCGGCCGCCGUGUGAGGGAGCCAUGAAGCACUAUGAGGUGGAGAUUCUGGACGCAAAGACGCGGGAGAAGCUGUGCUUCCUGGAUAAGGUGGAGCCCCACGCCACCAUUGCCGAGAUCAAGAACCUUUUCACCAAGUCCCACCCGCAGUGGUACCCCGCCCGCCAGUCUCUCCGCCUGGACCCCAAGGGCAAGUCCCUGAAGGAUGAGGAUGUCCUGCAGAAGCUGCCCGUGGGGACCACCGCCACGCUCUACUUCCGGGACCUCGGGGCCCAGAUCAGCUGGGUGACGGUCUUCCUGACCGAGUACGCGGGGCCCCUUUUCAUCUACCUGCUCUUCUAUUUCCGCGUGCCCUUCAUCUACGGCCGCAAGUACGACUUCACGUCCAGUCGGCACACGGUGGUGCACCUCGCCUGCAUCUGCCACUCAUUCCACUACGUCAAGCGCCUGCUGGAGACGCUCUUCGUGCACCGCUUCUCCCACGGCACCAUGCCGCUGCGAAACAUCUUCAAGAACUGUACGUACUACUGGGGCUUCGCCGCUUGGAUGGCCUAUUACAUCAACCACCCGCUCUACACGCCUCCCACUUACGGAGCUCAGCAGGUUAAGCUGGCGCUGGCCAUCUUUGUGAUCUGCCAGCUGGGCAACUUCUCCAUCCACAUGGCUCUGCGGAACCUGCGCCCCGCGGGGUCCAAGGCCAGGAAGAUCCCGUACCCCACCAAGAACCCCUUCACCUGGCUCUUCCUGCUGGUGUCCUGCCCCAACUACACCUAUGAGGUGGGCUCCUGGAUCGGCUUUGCCAUCAUGACGCAGUGCCUCCCAGUGGCCCUCUUCUCCCUGGUGGGCUUCACCCAGAUGACCAUCUGGGCCAAAGGCAAGCACCGCAGCUACCUGAAAGAGUUCCGUGACUACCCCCCUCUGCGCUCACCCAUCAUCCCCUUCCUGCUCUGAGUCCCCUGCCUGGGGUCCUGGGCCAGGCCUGUGCCAGGCCCUCGAUCUCAGUGUCGUUCUGGGGGAGGAAGGGGCCACAGCUUCCCAGCCCAGGCAAUAAAACCUGCUCUCCCCAUCCAGGUG